AUACUCACAACUUGCAUGUCACGCCAACGAUUCAACAUCAGGUUCUUAGCCUCGUUGGUUAGGGUAACGACUGAUUCAGUUUGAAUACUUAAUUAACUCUCCCUUGGUUCUACAGACAGAACACUCUUCUCAUUCCCAUCAGCACAAGUUGCUCCAGAGCACGGCCUAACAUCCAUAUCCAUCUUCAAGGUUAUUUUUGUAUCUCUCUCUGAUCUCUCGCCCCAAGCUUGUUAUGGUUCAAAAAAUGAUUGCAUCCAUACCACUGUUCUCCUAUUUUUUUCUAGCCUCCCUAAUUUGUUGUUUCUCAUGUUAAUAAUCGAAGAAUGGCAAUGGUUCUGGAUGCCUUAGCCUCCAACGUGCUCAGCAUGUUAACGCAGAUGGCGAAAGAGGAGGUUGGCCUGCUGCUUGGAGUCUCCGGUGAGAUCGAUAGGCUGAGCGUCCAGCUUCAUGACCUCAAGAACUUCCUGGCCGAUGCCGAGAGAAGGCGCAUCACCGACAAGAGCGUGCAGGGGUGGGUGACAGAGCUCAAGGGCACCAUGUACGAGGCAGCCGAUAUCCUUGACCUCUGCCAGCUCAAGGCCAUGGAGCAGAGUCCACUAGCAUCACACAUGGGGUGCUUCAACAAAUUACUCUCCUGCCUGAGCAGUCCCCUCUUCAACUAUGACAUCGGCAGCCGCAUCAAGGUGCUGAACCAGAGGCUUGACAGCAUUAAGGAGCGGAGUGCUGCCUUCAGCUGCUUCAUCAACCACAGCUCCUACGAUGACCGUGGUAGCAAAGUACAUGCCUCUCGGGCUGCCUUUGCCGGCCGGGAGACGUCAGGGCUGGUCGACUGGUCAGGUGUCGUAGGGGAGAAAAUCGAACAAGACACAAGAAAGCUGGUGGAGAUGAUGUUGACAGGAAUCCAGGGGGCGACAAGCCGUGCAGACAACCGAGUCAUGGUUUUUGCUAUUCUGGGUGUUGGUGGGAUUGGCAAGACCACGCUGGCCCAAAAGGUCUUCAAUGACGAGGCCAUCCAAAGUGAAUUCGACAAGACAAUAUGGGUUAGCGUGAAUCAAGACUUUAAUGAGGCUGAGCUACUGAGGAGAGCCAUCAUCGAAGCUGGGGGAGACCAUCAACAUGCUGGAAAUGCAAAAGCGACGCUUCAACGAGUCCUCAAGGAUACCUUGAUAGGGAAGAAGAUCUUGCUAGUGAUGGAUGAUGUUUGGAACCACAUAGCAUGGGAGGAUGUGCUCAAAACACCGCUUGUUAAUGGGGCCGCUCCAGGUAGCCGAGUUCUCGUCACCACUAGAGAUGAAAGAGUCGCCCGAGGGAUGAGAUCUGUGCCGCCCUACCACCACAUCGACAAAUUAGACGACGAUGACGCUUGGUCCUUGCUCAAGAAACAGGUAGUCUUAAAUGAGAUAGAUGAGUCUGAGAUUGCUACACUGAAAGAUAUAGGAGUGGGAAUUAUAUCAAAAUGUGAUGGUUUGCCACUUGCAGUCAAAGUGAUGGGAGGACUCUUGCGCCAGAAAGAGAGAAAUCACAGUGAUUGGGGGAAGGUCUUGCAUGAUUCUGCAUGGUCGGUUGUCGGUAUGCCUGAAGAGCUGAACUAUGUUGUAUAUGUAAGCUAUGAAGAUUUGUCUCCUUGCUUGAAGCAAUGCUUUCUGCACUACUCCCUUCUCCCCAAAAACAUAAUGUUUGGUAUGAAUAUAAUUGUUGGGAUGUGGAUCAGCGAAGGAUUUGUCAAUGGAAGCUUAUCAGAUGACCUAGAAGAAUUUGGGAGACAAUACUAUGAAGAGUUAAUCUUGCGAAACCUCAUAGAGCCGCACAAGACUACUGGUCAAUAUAAUUGCAUAAUGCAUGAUAUUGUUCGCUCAUUUGGUCAGUAUCUGUCACGAGAUGAAGCAAGAAUAGCUCAUACUGGAGAAACUUCAACUAUUAGUGAACUUAAUUCCCAAAAGGUUUUCCGGCUAUCUAUAGAAACCGGAGGAUCAGAAUCAGGUAGACGGAAGUGGAGUAUGUUACAAGAACAGAAACAUCUGAGGACGCUAAUAUCAAUUGGUCAAUUCAAGAUCAGGCCCGAUGAUUCAUUGAUUUCUUUUCCAAGUCUACGCACUUUGCACAUUCAAUCUGCAAAAAUUGCUGCAUUAGUUGAUUAUGUAUAUCAACUCAAGCACUUGAGGUUUUUGUCAAUGCGACAAUGUGACAUAUCUAGGCUACCAGAUAACAUUGGAAAAAUGAAAUUUUUGCAGCUCAUUGAUGUUAGAAGCUGUAGAAAUUUGACAAAGCUUCCUGAUAGCAUUGUAAAACUAGAGCAUCUGAGGUAUAUUAACAUGAACAAAACUAGUAAAGAUGCCACCAUACCUCGAGGGUUUGGUGGCCUAACAAAUAUGAGGAUACUGUAUGGGUUUCCAGCCCACAUGGAUGGUGAGUGGUGUAGUUUAGAAGAGUUGGGUCCUCUUUGUGAGCUUAGGAAGCUUGGACUAAAUAGUUUGAAGAAUGUAUACGAUCCCUCAUCCGCAACAAUGGCAAGGCUCUGUGAGAAGGUACAUCUUACUGACCUGAUCUUACGUUGCAGCAGUAGGACAGAUGAUGGGCUGGUCAAAGACGAAGAAGAGGAAAGGAAAAUUGUUGAAUUGUUUGAUAAGUUGUGCCCUCCCCCGUGCUUAGAUUUCCUGGAAAUCGUGGGAUAUUUUGGCCAAUGGCUUCCAAGCUGGAUGAUGUCAACAUCUGCGGUGGCCCUCGAGAGCUUGAAAACUCUGUGGAUGACUAAUCUGACUUCUUGCACCCAACUACCUGAUGGCUUAUGCAAGCUCCCGUAUUUACAAAACAUUCAUAUCCGCCACGCUCCGGCUAUCAAGCGUGUUGGUCCUGAUUUCAUGCAACUGUACCAUCACAGUAGCCAUCAUCCUUCCAAGACAAUGGCUGCAUUUCCCAGAUUGAACAAGCUAGUCUUAGAAGGAAUGGUGGAAUGGGAGGAAUGGGAGUGGGGGGAGCAAGUGAAAGCCAUGCCCGUUUUGGAGCAGCUUGAGGUCAAGGGCUGCAAACUGAGGCAUGUUCCUCCAGGCCUUUCAUUCCAUGCAAGGGCUUUGAGAAAACUAUCUACGAAAAACAUCCAACACCUCAGUUCACUUGAGAACUUUGCUUCCGUUGUCGAUCUUGAAGUCUCCCAAAACCCUGACCUGGAAAGAAUCAGUAAUUUCCCUAUAUUGCAGAAGCUUUCCAUCAUCAUGUGUCCAAAGAUGAAGGUACUAGAGGGUGUGCCUUUACUCCAAACCCUUGUGCUAAAGGACUAUGUCGCUGAAGCACUCCCGGAAUACAUGAGAGAUGUCAAUCCAAGACAGCUGAAUCUGGACUGCAGUUUAGCGCUGCUCACUUCCAUCAGCAUGGGGCAAUCUGGCCCCGAGUGGGCAAAGUUCAGCCAUGUUGAGCGUAUAAAGGCAUAUGCGCAGGAGGGAGACAACGAAAGGAAUUGGUAUGUGUUGUACACGAGAGAACCCUACAGCUUGGAGACGAACAUUCUUCUACAACUGCAGAGUACGAAGAGGAACAUGGCAUACAAACAAGAACAGAGGCAGGAGAAAUAAUUCUAGGUGGUCUUCCAUCCCACGCUUGCAGAAACUUGAAGCAUGAAGUUUAUCGUCACUUGUUGCUUCAGUGUCAUCUACAUUACGAGUUGUUAGCGAGCUAUUUGUAUAUUGUAUUUUCUUCAGUAGUUAGAGGUUUUCUGCAUAUUGCACACCUAUACAUCUACUAUAUAUUGUGACCUUUGACC